CCAACACACACAAACCAACACACACACACAGUAAUACACACACACACACCAACACACCAACACACACACACUCCUAACACACAAACAGACACACCCUUCCUGAUGUCACAGGACUGUGAGGAGGAGGAGCCUGACUUCAGCCAAUCAGGAGUGAGGGUGAAGCAGUCCAGGAUCAUCAGCUACCAGGGCACGGUGACAGAGGUGGUGAGUGAGGGGGCGGGGCUGUAUGUCCUGGACAGGAACCUGGGUCUCUGUGUGGCCUAUCAGCCGCCGGCCCGGAGGAGGCUGAGGGCGGGUGACGGCGUGGAGCUGCACCACGUCCACUUCCUGUACCGGCCCUGCCCUGACGGCCCUCCCAGCAUGCUUUGCACCUGUCUGCGCUCAUCCAUCACAGUGACCUCAUAUAGCAGAGUGGGCGGGUCUGAGCCCGCCCCUCGCUGUCCUGGAGAUGGAGUGUUGUCACGGUUACUGCUGCAGAAAUGCAGGGGCGUGUCCGAGUACCUGUGGGCGUGUCACCUGUCGUCCCAGCUCUCUGCCAGUCUGGUUCCUGCAGUGAUGAAGCAGCAGUGUGUGUGUCUGCUGUCCUGGAAGCUGAUGAAGACUCUGAGAGGACGAAGAGCGCCCGCGCGCAGAGACAUCUACUCUGAGAUGCUGGACCAGCCGCACACCUGUCCUCUGACUCAGUACACGGUGGAUCCUGGAGUCCACCAGAACCUGAGCCUGGUGGACCUGCUUCAGUCUCUGCAGUCCCUCUGCUGGUCCUCUCUGUCUCUGAGGUCUCUGCUGCCCCCUGGUGGCAACAGUCUGAGCAGGUCUGAGAUCAGAUCAGCCCUGUCCUGGUCCUUCAGGACUCUGGUCUCUGACCCGCGGAAGGGGGACAGUCUCAGGCCCCGCCCCCUGCUGCUGGUGGGGGUGUUGGAGCUCCCCCCUCAGUCCUCAGAGGUCAGUCUGACUCUGCAGCUCAGAGAUGCUACAGGAACUGUGAGCUGUGUCGUUACGGAAACCAGCCAGGAGGAGGGAGGGGCACAGACGGCCUGUUUCAACACAGCCUGGAUAGGUUGUCUGGUGUGUGUCCUGCAGUUCUCCAUGGUCAUAGAGAGGUUCCUGCAGUCAGAGUUCCCUUCAGUUCAUCACCUGGAUCAGGAGAACUUCAUCUCCCACAGAGACUGCAGGGUUUACCUGCAGUUCUCUUUGGACCACCUGAUCAUCCUCAGCCCAUCUGUGACCAUGACCACAUACCUGAGGCACAAGGGGGAGGAGUCAGGAGAUGAUGUCCCAGAUCAGCAUGAAAACCAUGAAAAGGGGGAGCAGGGAUGGAAGAGGAAGAGGAGGGAGGAAGAAGAAGAUUCUUCAGACUCCUCUGAUGUCAUGACAGCAGACUCUGUGGGUGGAGCCUCACAGUCCUGGAUUUCCAUGGUCAUCAGAGUGGAACACAAAGGGGGUGUGGUCUGGAAGAACACAGAGAAGAGGGAGGGGCUUCAGCUCUGCUUCUCACUCAGAGCUGCUGUGAUUGGCCCAGUGGUCAGCUGGAGGCGGGACCCAAAGAACACGGCGUUGACGGAAGAGGAGGCGGAGCCAGGCAAAGAGCAGAAAGUGCAGCUGCUGUUCUCAGGUGUGUGUUCUCGAUGGUUUCCUGUCCUCCAGCCUGGACCUCUUUACAGAGUGGUGAUGAGUCAGGUUCCCUUUGAUCUCAGUUCCCAUGGAGCCUCAGGGGAUAAAGGGGUGGAGCUUCUGUCAGACUCCACCCUCCAGGUUGGAUCUGAUUGGAGGUUCCACACUCUGCCACGCCCCCUGCUGCUGCCCUCCUUCAUACAGGUCCCGCCCCCUGUGCUGUCUGUGUCUCAGGUUCUGGAGAGCAGUUCAGAGCUGGUUUGUUUUCAAGGUCAGAUCUCUGAACGGAUCAGUGUGGAUGAUGGAAGAACACAGCCUGGAAACAAAGGUGUGCGACUAACUCUGUGUGACCCAACUGGGAGGAGUCUCCGAGUCUACCUGGACCUCAGCCACGCCCCCUAUCCAACUGGACUGUUACCUGGCAGCACUGUGCUGCUGUCAGACUUCCAGAGGAAACUGUCCAGGUCAGGGAGUGUGUACUUCACUAGCUUUCCUGUGAGCUCCAUGACGGUGAUGUCACUGAAAGGAGAGAGCCUUGCUUUGCCUCCUCCCAUAAUGCAUCUGGGCCAGUGGGGACUAAAGGGUCAGAAGGAGAAUGUAAUGGGCCUCGUCAGAGGUCACGUGGUGUGUUUCCUGUUCCUGCAGCUGUGGUGGAGCUGCUCAACAUGCAGCAGUUUCUAUGCACAGGUGACUGCACACAGGUGACUGCACACAGGGGACUGCAUACAGGUGACUGCAUACA